AUGGUGACCAGAACGGAUACGCAUGACAUGGGGUUCAUUGUGAUGCCUAGUCUUCAAAUGGAUUGGGAGCUGACGGGCAACAAGGCCAGCCUAGAGGCAAUUGUCACUGCCGCCAAUAGUUUAGCUUCGCGUUUUGAUUCACGUGUUGGGGCUGUCCGGAGCUGGGAUCGCAUGCAAAGCCACCGAUACCACGUGGAAGACAAGGACGAGAAUUUCCUAGUCAUAAUCGACAGCAUGUGUAACAUGGAUCUCCUGUUCUAUGCGGGUUACCAUACAAAGGAUCAGAAACUCAUCGACAUUGCUACUGUCCACGCUCAUACAGUCCUUCGUACCAUUGUGCGCCCCGAUUUCUCAACCUUUCACGUGUGUAACCUAGACCCUAAGAGUGGGAAGGUGAAGUUUCAACAGACACACCAAGGAUAUGCAGACGAUUCCACGUGGAGCAGGGGCCAGGCAUGGGCAAUCCUUGGAUACACCCAAACUUAUAUGUGGACGAGAGAUCCCAUUUUCUUGAAGGCGGCAAUUCGUCUUUCGGAUUAUUUUCUUCGGCGCCUUUCGCAGUCCUCACACGACCAUCCUCAUAUCCCGUUAUGGGAUUUUGACGCACCUUCUAACGGCGAGAAACCUCCGCCACGGGAUACUUCCGCCGCAAUGAUUGCCGCGAACGGAUUUCUCUUGUUGCAUCAGGUAUUAGAGAGCGAUUCCGUUUAUCUCGAGGCUGCCCUCAACAUUACCGAAGCAGUAGCGGCGCAUUCUUUGUCUUCCCAGAUAGCAAAUGUUCACAUAGAUAAAAAGGGCGAAGUGGUGGCACAAGGGAAUGGUUUUGACUCUAUUUUGAUGAACGCCACCGCGAACAAAAAUGGGAGCGCUAUUAUAUCGUAUAGUGACCACGGUUUGGUAUACGCUGACUAUUACUUUUUGGAAUUUGGCAACAAAUUGAUGCGGAUGAGAAUUUUGUAA